AAGGGCACGAAGACAGUCAGUCUCGGAUGAAAUUCGAGCCACUUUAGUUGACCAUGUCCUUGUCCAUGGGAUGACUAUGAGGGAGGCUGGGCAACGAGUACAACCAAAUUUGAGUCGCUUCACUGUUGCCUCCAUCAUCAGAACCUUCAGGGAGGAAAACAGGACACAGAGACGACCACCUGGUGGAGGCAGGUUAAGGCUUUUGUCGGAGGAGCAAGAGAGGGAACUUGUAAACAUGGUAAUUGCAAAUAAUGUAAUCCGCCUGCAAGAGAUUCAAAGGAGAGUGAUUGAGGAUGAUCAUCUUUUUCGAGGCAUAAAUGCCAUCAGCCUCUCCACAAUUGACCGCAUCCUCUGAAAGAAUCAAUUCCGGAUGAAACAGGCAUACCGAGUCCCUUUCGAACGAAACUCUGACAGAGUGAAAAACCAACGUGUGGAAUAUGUUCAGAGAAUCUUUGAGAUUGAAGGACGGCCUGUUCCCCAUGAAAUGAUCUUUGUGGAUGAGGCAGGUUUUAACCUGACCAAAAGAAGGAAAAGGGGGAGGAACAUAAUUGGCCAUCGGGCUAUUGUAAAUGUCCCUGGUCAGCGUGGGGGGAAUGUCACUAUGUGCGCAGCCAUCAGCCAACGAGGGGUACUCCACCGCCAUGCCGUACUAGGACCCUAUAACACUAUGCUUCUCCUUGCUUUUCUUGAUGGUUUAAGACAACAUAUGUUCCAGCUGGACUACAGGGAACCAGCACAGCCAGAGCAGCCUCACUACGUUGUUGUGUGGGAUAACGUCAGCUUCCAUCGCGCUGCUCUGGUUCGUGACUGGUUUACCAAUAACCCAAGGUUUUCUAAUAUCUUUCUGCCUGCAUACUCCCCCUUUCUAAACCCGAUAGAGGAGUUAUUUUCGGCAUGGCGGUGGAAAGUGUAUGACCGAGAACCUUAUGUCCGUGUUCACCUCCUUCAGGCCAUGGAAGAGGCCUGCCUAGACAUAUCAGUAGAUGCAUGCCAGGGGUGGAUCAGGCAUGCAAGAGGAUUUUACCCCCGCUGCCUGGCUGGGGCCAAUAUAGCCUGUGAUGUGGAUGAGAUUCUCUGGCCUGACCCAGACCAAAGACAAGAUGCUGUGGUGGGAUAAUGUUUCUGGUGUGUGUUGUACUGUAUAGUACAUGAAUGACAAUGUGCCACUGUACAUACAUUGGUUGCGUCUUUUGUGUUUAUCAUGUGACAAGGGUUUUGAAGGGGAGAACCAUAAGCAACCUAAUUGUUUUGGAACUAUUGUUUUGAAUUAAUUGUACCAGUGUGCAAAACUCUGUUGUAGUGUGUGUGUUUUUGAGGGCUUGUGUUUGAUGUCUGAGGGCAAAGUUCGGUUUUUCAGCAGGAGUGAAUAGUUUUGGGUGUAGAGCUUCAUUUUGACCUGGAAAUAGGAUGUUUGGGGAAUUGAGUGAGAUGUUAUGGAUUUGUGUUUACUGUUGUGCGGAUAUGAGGCGUAGUUUCAAGAAAUGUGUUUUAGCAAUCGAGAAAAACUGUAAUAA